GCGUACGACUAGUAGCACUAGUAACAACAUUACAGUAUAUGUGGUUACCCAAUUGUCCACUACUGCCAGUGGCAUCGCAAACAUUGAAGGAUUGUACUCCCUUAAAGACCACGCAGCCGUCUUUGCUUUUCUGUUUCCACCUACUCGUGCUGGUUUGUUAGCAAGUUUCCCUAGAGCACGAUAGUCAAAAUGUCGGCGUCAGCACCGGCGGACAUCGCUGUGCAAAUCAUUGUGCCCAACGACACCAACCCUACUGCCGCUCCUCUACUGGCUGCUGAGCGCCGCAUCACUCCCUCGUGGACGGUCGAACAGUUGAAGGCGAAACUCGAGCCCGUCACGGGAAUACCGACGAGUUCGCAGACACUGCGGACCAGAAGGGCGGAUGGGUCGUGGAUCACGUUGGCCGAGGACUCGUCCCUUGUCGGCGACCCAAGGUACGGCCUACGGCGGGGCUCGGAGAUCGAAGUCCUCGACAGUCGGCCACCGAACGUGCGCCAGACGUUCAACUUCUCGGACCUGUCGUCGGUCGAGAAAUACCAAAUGCCCGAAUCGCAGUACGAGAAACUAGAGGACAGCGUGCUUGCCUGGAAACGGAAGCAGAAACUAGGCCGGUUCAACCCCAACCUCAAAUCCCCUGAAGAACAGGCGGAAGAGCGGCGAAGGCACGAUCAAGCCGAGAUCACGGCGCGUGGCAUCAAGGAAGGAUUAAGGUGUAGGGUAAGCCACGACGACGGACGGAGAGGGGUGGUCAGAUUCGUCGGCGAGAUUCCCGGGCUGGGAGGUAUCAAGGAGGCCGGCUGUGUCUGGGUCGGCGUCGAGCUGGACGAACCGGUCGGGCGGAACGACGGCAGUGUGAAAGUUGAAGCAGAGGAUAGAACGCAGACGACCAAACGAAUAUUCCAAUGUGGCGACAAGUUUGGUGUCUUUUCCAGGCCCGAGAAGGUCGAGGUCGGAGACUUCCCGCCUCUAGAUGAUCUGGAUGAGGAUAUGGAGGAGAUAUGAAGAAUACGCCGGUGGUACACGGUGUUAUCAUUUACAGUCAGAGCCAUGAUUGCAACUUGUUGCAACUUUGAACACUGCACCAUAGCAACUGCUGGCUCUGCUCGUGUCCAAGUGCCGAAGAAAAGAAAUCAUCUGUCGACCAGCACUCCUGGACGGUCAUUCCAGGAUUGCAUUGUUUAAUGCCUCCAUCCUGCAACCAUCUGAAGCGCCCCGGGAGCGACGAGAGCGACCAAAUCUCUUCUUUUUCUUUUCGUCCCAUGGGCAGUACGACCUGCUUCGUCAAUAUUGCGUCAAGCUGUCGAUAUUACGUUAGAUGCUCAUUCCAGCCACAAGCUUUGUAGGGGGCCCAACGGCAUUCUGCUGGAUUCUCCGGUAAAUGACAGACAGGCAAACAACGGAUGAUCGCAAGAGCGAGAUCAUGACAUUCAUCUGUUCGACUUCGGUCCACACGUACUCAUCUGUAGUACUGAAUCCGCAAUCUCACAAGCUAGACAACCAAAACCGUCAUACGACAUAUUUACAAAAGCGGACUUGAUCCGACAUGCCCAUUCAUUAUCAUUAUGAUCAUCAUGAUAAUGGGUCGGAGCCCAUAUCACCAAACAAACCAUGCAACCGGGUCUGUCCAAGUAUCAAUUCCGCAGGCAUUGUGGUCCCCAAGUCACUCAAGAUCCUUCCUCCUGGAAUGAGGUCUCACACCCUUGGCUGAAGAAAAUACGCGCCGUCUUGUCAAGUUCGUUUGCAAUCGAGUACUGGUUACCUGUGGUUCCGAGUCAACUCUAUCUCUUGCCAUGGCGGACAAGUCUCACUCCGAACAAAGACUUACCUCUUGGAACCUGCCAAAAUCCCCCUUUGCCAAUACUGAACCGGCUCAUACUUCCAGAUGCUUCACCAUCGACCGGGCCUACCGUGACCGUGACUCGUCCUUUGACAACAAAGAAACUCAUGUGCAUUCUUCGGCUGUUCUUCGGCCGCUUGACUCCGCCAGGAGGCAACUCCACCAGUCCCGUACCAAAAAAGUUGGUGCUGAGCAAUUUGGCAUAUCUAAAAGUCGGCCCUUCGUGCAGACUGGAGCCUUUGACAUCGCGGACCUUGAUGGCUCCAGGCGCAUGCGCAAUUUCCACCUCCUCUUCUUCUUCCAGAGGAGCUUGCUCGUCUUGAUCCCAUACCGAGACAAGGCCACGUAAGGUGCCCGUCUCUGUUUCCCAGGGUUCGGCAUGGGGAUCAUGGGCUGGGUCUUCGUCCAUUUCCGUGUCCGAAUCCGAUAUCUCUGAGGCCUCUGCCGUAGGUUGGCGGCUUGCGGCUUUUCGGCCGGUCUUCUUUGUCUUCCUCUUGCCUUGCUUCUUUUUCAUGGCCAUGUCCAAUUCCUCAGUCCGGACAAUCUCUUUGAUACUGUUCAGAGGGAAUCGGGCAUUUUCAUCCAAGCUGGCAUGGUUAGGGCUACCGCCGUAAACACAUCUCUCAUUUCGCCAGUAUGCCAAUGGCUUGAUGCUUACACGGCCGCUUCUCGUGUGCGUCACGGUAUCGUCGGCAGGCGUUUCUCGGCGGAGAAUGUACAAUGAUCUCGGAGGGUCUGGUCGCGCCCUCACCUUGGCAAUGACUUCAUCGAGUUCCUGCUGUUGACGAGAAGACAUCCCAACGUCUGGGUUGCCGGGCUUUGGCGGUGGCUUUGCUUUUGCUUUCGACGAGGGUAGCUUGCUCUUGGACGUUUCCCUCUCCUUUCGCUUCUCUGAAGCAGGGGGCCUUCCCCCCCUGCGUUUCUUAGUCGUGGUAGGCGAGGGCUGAGGUCCGUCGAUAACAUCUGACUUUCUCUUUCUCCUAGAAUUCGCCUGAUUUUGUAUUGAUGGAGGUUCAGAUCGUUCUGGUUCAAAUGUUUGGUUGGCCUCCUGAUCAUCAGUUUCGUCCAAUGCAGUACCAAGCCCUGCAGACUGUUCAUUGCUUUCGUUUUCCGUGGCUUCGUCGUGGCCGUCAUCGUGAUAGUCGUCAUCCCCAAAUGGGGCCACAAAAUCCUGAAUUUCAUGCGCA